AUGAUGAUGACCGGCCGUGUGCUGCUGGUGUGUGCCCUCUGCGUGCUGUGGUGCGGUGCCGGAUGGGUUUAUGCGAGAGAAUUCGAGAACAACGCACUGGGUGGCUGCAUGGCGUCGGGAGCGUUGGGUGCUAGUUGGU